ACACGUAUAUAAAAUAUUUCUUCAAAUAUUUUAAAAUCAUCAUCAAAAAAUCAUUCAUCGAAAAUCAUAAAUACUACGACAAAAUAUCAAUGUUAUCGUAACGAAACUUUUCAUCUACAAAAAAAAAAAAUUCAUCAUAAAAUUCAAUUCACGUAAACGUAUAAUUUCGACUAAUUUUCUUAUUCUUUCAUACAAACUCAAAUCUAUUCUAUAAUUUCUUCGUGAAUUAAGAACUGUUUCAAUAACAGCGAUUCAUUUCUAAAUUUGCAUAUUUAACAUUUCAUAUACGCAAGCGCAAUGAAGCUCUCUAAAGGGGUGAUAUCAUCGUGUCCAGUAACAUCAGUCACGAACAAGCUAUCAUUCGAUUAAAAAAUGGCCCGAAUUAGAAACGCGAAAGAGGGCAUAAGGCAUACCUUUUGGUUUGCAUAUCCGUUCUCGAGAAUGCUCGGCUACUGGCCAUUGAGCGUCUCAUCAUCCGCGUUCGCCAAAAUAUCAAAUUACGUUAUAAUUUUUCUCUCGUAUUUGCUCACACUGAUAUUCAUGGUCCCAGGCCUUCUGUACAUAUUUCUGAAAGUGAAAAACGGCAGGAUGAGGAUUAAACUGCUCAUGUCACACAUCAACGGCAUCGUGCAAAUGGCUAAGUAUACGAUUCUAUUGCGAAAAACGAAGGAAAUUGCCAAAUUACUGGACGAGAUAAGGAAGGAUUGGAUGACAGCCACGGAGGAGAAUCGACAAAUUUUCAGCACGAGGGCGUCCAUCGAGCACAAGCUGACGAUGGUAGUGGUGGUCACCAUGUACGGUGGAGGUUUUUUUUACAGAGCGAUUCUUCCACUUUCGAAAGGCAAAAUCGUUUUACCCAACAACGUGACUAUAAGAUUGUUACCCUGCCCGGGUUACUUUGGCUCCUUGGACGAGCAAGUUAGCCCGAACUACGAGAUAAUUUUCACGCUCCAAGUUCUCGGCGGAUUUGUCAUCUAUACAGCUGUAUGCGGCACCAAGAGUAUUUGUUUGAUGCUGUGCUUGCAUAUGUGCGGUUUGUUGAAGAUCCUGACGAACAAAGUGAUGGAACUUGCGAAUGACAAGGACGAAAAAGUUGUGCAACAGAAGAUCGCCAAUAUUGUCGACUAUCAGAACAGGAUCAUAGAAUUUUUGAACGAGCUUAAUCAAUUCGUGCCCUCUGUUUAUUUCUUCGAAAUUAUUCUCGAAAUACUGAUCAUAUGCAUAAUUGGAUACUGUCUUAUCACGGAAUGGGAAGACAACAAUACUAUGGCUGCAAUAAUUUUCGUUGUCUUCCAAAUAACUUGCUUCAUUGGCACGUUCGCAGUAUGCUACGCUGGUCAACUUCUAGUUGACGAAAGCGAGAAUGUUAGACAAGCAUGCAGCACAUUGAACUGGUAUCGAUUACCUGUGAAAAAGGCGCGCAGCUUGAUACUAUUAAUCAUUAUGUCGAAUUAUCCAAUAAAAGUCACGGCAGGAAGAAUUCUAGACGUGUCCUUAAUCACUUUUACUAGUAUCAUUAAGAGUUCAGUGGGAUAUAUGAAUAUAUUGCAACAAGUUACUUAAAGUCGUACGUUUGUUUAGAAAACUACCAUGAAAUCUAUCAUGCGAUACGUUAGCCAAAAAUGGUAUUACUAUGUACACAGCACUUUGUUCACUUUUCUUUCAAAUCAAAAUUUAAACAAUUGAACUGCAAUCAUGA